AUUGAAUCGAUUAGAGAAGCCUUCAAACUUCCUUCUUCUGGGUUAUCAGGAGAUUGUCCAGGGAUACGUGUGGAUACAUGCGAGAUGGCCGGCAACAACGAGCUCUGGGUGCAGUGUUUCACGUGCUGCCUGACUCCACGGCCAACGAGGAAUAACAGGCGGAACAGUGGUAGGCCGCAUCAGAGGCUCAGGAUAGACCGAAGCAUGAUCGGUGUGCCCACGAAUUUCAGACACACAGCACACAUCAGCAGCGGCGACAUCGACAUGUCGAUCGCUCAGCUGGCCGACCUCCAGGCGCAAAUGCAGAGGAAGAGUGGUUUCGAUACCGAUUUCAAUGCCAAGGCAUGCUGAGGAUAGCUUCGUCAAUGUCGCAGCAGGAUAUUUAACACGAUAGCGGCGGAGAAAGCUUUAUUAGCGGAAGGACGACUGAUGUUUUCUUUUUGAUAUCCAUGUUCCUUACUCGUCUGAUGGAUGAGCGCAUUUCUUCCAUAUGAACAAGAUUGCAUUUUGCAAGAUGCUUAGAGAAUCAAGACAAAUUUAUGUACAUUGGACAAGUCUCUGACUUCCAUUUGGAACGGAAAACUGCCAGAGUUAAUCAUGUUACAGCGUACAAAUAAUCAUUUACGACUUUAUACCUCUAUGUUUUUGACUGGAGACGCAUUGCGUCUAAAAAUUUAAUAUUCUAUAAUCGUAUUCUAUAAAUCAUGUGCCUUUUUGUCGGCGAUCUGACGUUCCGUGCGGAAAAAAAUAUGUACACAAGAACGAGGAAUAGAUCGUUUUAUUUGUAAAAUUAUUUGUAAGAUUUAGUAGACGUGUAAUUAGAGUAUAAGUAAACGUAUCACAUAAUAUCACAUAAUAUAAUUCUGUACACGUAAUACUUAUCCUAUUGUCGAAUAUUGUCGCAUAUAUUAAUAAUACAAGAGAGCAUUAGCGAUA